UGAAGACACCGGAGUUGUAUCUCGCAAAGGUGAAAAACAGAACUAAUUGAAAAGGACGAAUCCAUUUUUCUCCCCUCCAUCAAAUCUGGUUUCGAAUUUUGUUUACGUACAGCGUUACUCCAAUCUUUGUUUAGAUCGUAUUCGUGUUCGCAAGGCAACCAAUAGCAAUUUGUGAAUUUGUAAACACGACAUUUCAUCACUUCUUAGACAAAUAUCUGUAAUUGAAAAUAAUUAUAGAGUAAAUUUCCGUGAAAAAUGGCUGACCAAGCCAGUGAUGACUCAUUGCUGGAAGCAUCAAGACAGGAUGAAAAUAAAAACGAACAGCAUGAAACACAGGAACAACCCAACUCACCUUGCACCAAACCAGAAGAUGUGGAGAACUCAGAAGCAAGAAGCAAAACCUCGGGACUUUCUGAAGCUUCAGGAGCGACACAAGAAAAUCAUCGGGAUUUUACGGAGGGUGAACGAGAUGAAGACACUGGAAGUUCUGUACUUCCCAGAAAGAAGACACAAGCACCUAAGGAACCCGCUGUCAUCUACACCAAUAUUGAUGGAGUAGCAGCAACUAAACAAUUCGUAGAAGCCAUUCAAGACAAGUUAAAUGAAGAAGAAAAGCUCGCUCUACGGGAUUUGGAAGAAUACAUGCUGACAGAAAGUGGUGCCUGGGCACUGGGUGCAACACACUUGGAUCUGAUUGGAAAAGUGCUAUUAGAAGACUUGUGGCCAGUUGAAGUAAAAUUGCUAACGCUUCGUUUGCUCCAGGCUGCUGCUUUUAAAGACGAUGUUAUUCUUCUGUUGCAUCAGGACCGUAAAGACCAUUACGUAAUGCGAUACGUAAGCAAAAUAGAAGACUUGAGUGGCGAAGAACAAGAGGAGCUCACAAAGUUGUUGUGCAAUCUAUGCCACCAAGGAAGCAGUUUUGAUUGGCUGAUGUAUAUCUCCGAAUGGGAGAGCGAAAGCGGACACAGCAGCAACAGUCGAGCUACAAUUAGAGCUUCGGUCCAUGCUCUUCUGAGCGACAGGCCAUCAGUUAAAGAAAAAGGUGUCAGUCUUAUGUACAACCUAGCGAGGAAAGAGUUGUUCGAUGACACAGCUACUGAACUGGCGAUGGCCGUAUUACAGUUUUUACAGGGAGAACUGUCGGAAGAAGAAGCUUUUUACUGUUUAACGUCGCUGCUGAAGUUUAUGUACAUAAGUUUUAACGAAGUUCCUACUCUCAUGCAGAUGUUAGGACCCGAUGUUGAUAAGUUUGGUGGCAAGUCCGAAAGAGUUGAUCAACUAAUUGAGCAGAUCAAGUUCAAGUUGUCUAUAUCAGCAUCUGCAAGCUGAAAAAACAUUAACGGAUGGAAAGACCCAACUUUCUAAUGGUGAGAGAACCCUUUCAGGAUAUUUAUUAUAAAUGAACCUUGGAGCUGGGCCAUGUCUGAACACAUUCAAUGUUUGGUACUCCAUCGUGUCUACCUAUAAUGCUGAGGGCUAUAAAGUACAUUGAUCAUUUCUAACAGUUUUGUUUUUGGAAUACACUUAAAAUUAUCAUUUGUUUUUUUAACAAAGACUUUCUUUUUUAAGUUUUUCUUCUUAUUGCAAUGUUCACUAUAAUAUGCUGUUCUUUAAAGUGUAUUUAACUCAUGUAAUGUGUAUUUUUUAGAA